AUGCCUUCGAGAAGUCAGAUGGCCAACGGCCUUCCAACAUCUAGAACUCCCUCACCGCCCGAUUCUGUCCACAGCACCUCUUCUUCGAGCACAUACUUCUCUGCAAGUUUAGGUUACUCACCGCCAGCCUCCCCAUCAGUAUCGAAGCCAGCACAUACGUUGUACAGCUUACAAGCAUCUCGCCCGCGACGGACGUCACCUUCCCAGACAGUUCUAGGAGCGAUUGAUGAAAAUGGUGGCAUCGUCUACCCCGACACACCAUUGUCCGCUACCAAAGAGCCCAGCCCUAUCGCCCGUCUGCAUGCAUACACUUCAGCGCCUAACAAUAAGAAGAAGACGACAAUUGCUUCAGCUUCAAGGCCGCCAGCCAACGAGUUCGAUGUGGUUUUCGGUCCCAACGGCGAGAAGUUCGCAGACUUACGAAUGAAUCGCAAGCUGGACGUCGAAAAGAGCCGAAGCAUGCUCAAGCGCUUGAUGUGCUUUGGAUGA